CAACGAAUCAGACGGGGCCCAACAAGACCCAAUACUAACACGGUUUAAGUAACCGCAACACUCCCCCUCAAGCGAAGACAUGAAUGACAAGAAUGUCGAGCUUGAAGAAGUAAAUGUGAAGAACAAGCAUGAUGGCUUGAACCACAAAACUUGAGAUGGAUAACAUCUCGGACGAGGUUGAUUGGAGACGACUGACUCUCUCUGAACAACCUGAUGAUGGAGACGAUUGACUGCGUCUCUGGAACUUGAACACACCUGGUACAUCACGGUCGACCUGAUGACGGAGGUAGUCGACCGACGUAUGUUGACCUCCUAUUCUCCCCCUCAAGCUGGAGCAUGAACAUCGUGAAUGCCCGGCUUGAAAAGCGAUGAAUGGUUGAAAUGUGCCCACUAAUGAACCGGAAGAGGGGACGACCAUUUCUUAGAUCGUGAAUACCAACUGGACGAUGAAGGGACGAUUACUUCUUUGAUCGUACUACCUUUUGAACGCCAGGGGACGACCCUUUGAUGGAUCGUGAAUGCCUCGAUCGAUACUUGACUGUCUUUGCCUGAAGAAGCUCUAUCACUCCAACAGUGACAAGUGAAGGAUCAACCAAGCUUGGGAUUGAAAAAAAACUUCGCUUCUUCAAUGUUAAGGAAGCAGAAACAGUUGUCUUGGGCAGCGAAGGAGGUUCUAUUGAAAGCAGUGGCGGCUGCCCUACCCAUCUAUGUUAUGUCUUGCUUUCUCUUGCCGGUGACGCUUUGCCGUAAACUGGAUAAGCACAUGGCUAGAUUUUGGUGGGGGUAUUCAACUGAAAAAGACAAGGCUCAUUGGGUAUCCUGGAGGAACCUUUGCAGGAGUAAGUUCGAUGGUGGGCUUAGGUUUCGACGGUUUGAAAAUUUCAAUCAGGCCCUGUUGGCGAAGGUAGCUUGGAGAAUCGGACAAGAGCCGGGGACUCUCCUGGCUCGAGUGAUGAAGGGUAAGUAUUUUGCCAACUUGGCUAUCCUUCAAGCGAGUCAAGGGUCGAGGCCUUCGUGGGGGUGGACUAGCAUCUUGCAUGGGAGGGAUUUGCUAAAGCAAGGAGUGAUAUGGCAAAUAGGUGAUGGGGCUACAGUACAGGUGUUAGGAGACAAUUGGGUCCCGGGGUGGCGACCGGAGGAGAUUGUAUGUCGAGCCUCUGCGCCUAAUUUGAAUGCUGUGGCAGUGCAGGCGCUAAUGAUCCCGGGAACGGGAAGAUGGUGUCUUGAGUGCUUGCAGCAAUGUUUUUAUGAGGAUGUUGUUGCUCGAAUUUGUUCCAUCCCAUUGCCGGUGCAGCCGGUGAGGGAUAAGCUGGUGUGGUCGCGGGAAAAUGAUGGGGUGUAUAGUGUCAGGUCGGGAUACCAUCUAGCAUUCACUCUUAGUCGCCGAUUGCCGGGGUGGAAGGAUGAGGUUUCCUUUUUUGACAGUGGGUUUUCGAAAAAGGUAUGGGAUUUCCCCAUUCAGCCAAAGUUGAAGUUUUUUGUGUGGCCAAUGCUUCGACGUAUUCUGCCCACCAUGGAGGCGAUUGUUGAAAAGGAAGGAAAGGUGCCGGCGGUGAUAGUGGAGAGUGCGGAGGAAGGGGAGUUGGUCAAGCUGCAACGCCCGGUGUGCUGGGCGCCUAUGGAGACCUUGGAGCACAUGUUUCUCUCGUGUAUAGUGGCUAGGGCUCUCUGGGAGAGGUCGGGCAUUGUUGGAGGAGUAAGUUUUUCUCAUGCGAGUAAUUUUGCUUUGUUCUUUCGUUGGUUUGUUGAGCAGGAUUCUAGUAUUGAGAGGAUAGUCCGAUUUGUGGCGAUGUUAUGGAGAAUCUGGAAGAGUCGGAAUUGGGUGGUCUUUGAUCAUGUGCAGUAUGCUAUUCCGCGGCUUGUGCAGCAGUAUGAGAGCCAGGUUAAGGAGUGGCUUUCGAUUGUGCAGCCGGUUCAGGUUCAACGUGAUUUGAGUCGGUUGGGUGGGGAGAUGGGCGGGGGGAGUAGGUGUAGCCAGGGGCUGGGUGUAGUGGCGUAUUCCUGUUUUGUGGAUGGUGCAGUGGCGCCGGGGUCUCAUGGUGCAGGGGGGUUGGUGGUUCGAGAUGCGAUGGGUAGUGUUUGUUUUGUUCAAGGCUUUUCUUAUGCAGGUCUUGUGGAUCCCUUCUUAGUGGAAUUGGUAGCCUUCCGUGAUGCGAUUCGGUGGUGCUUUUUGAAGGGUCUCACUGAAGUGAAGUUUUAUGGAGAUGCUAAGGUUGUCAUUGAGAAGAUUCAGAGAGCGGAUACUAGGGACCUGCGCGGUGGAAGGAUCUUGGAGGAGAUUGGUGGGAUCCGGUGGCGUUUUCAGAGUUUUGAAAUUGAUUUUGUUGGCAGGAGUAACAAUCGGGUGGCUCAUGAGGUGGCCAGGAAGACCCUUUCUUUGUUGCCUGCGAGUGUGGAGAGUUUUGAUUUUGAGCGGUGGUUUUCCUUGUGAUGUAAACAGUGCUGUCUUUUGGUCUUGGUAAUAAAAGCUAUCUAUUGUU